UGGUCGGCUGGUGCCGCAAAGCACCGACAGCGCAGCCAGGUGCUCUCCAAAGUGCUCACGCUACUCCCAGCAUGCUGCUUCACCCGGCGAGCGACCCUGUACGCGAAUACCUGAGUCUGGCUCCUAAAAUGCAGAGGGAUCACCGUUGAUAUACACGGAACGUCCAAUGAAACUCGAAAACAGCGUGAGCGAUUCGGAGAGGUAUUCCAGCAAGACGCUUUUCAGAGAGAAAGGUGUGCGGAGGAAGCUGUAUUCGACGAGUACAAGCUGUAUUUGAUUUGGAGGCAACUUUAGCUCCGCGCGCUGAUGGGUUUUGACGCCACGGCUUGAAAGCUACGGAACGUUUCAAGUUGAAAAGGUUCAUUACGGUUGCUCUGGACGAAGUGGAAGCAUGUCGAUUCUUCUGCAGCUGCUCGUACCAUGUCUCAUCAGCACUUUACUCAGCAGAACGGAAGCACAGCAUAGCACGGCUGACGCCACCGCUGCACGUUCACUUUCGUUUGUGUUUGGCCCCAGCACCAGUCACGUGCUGCAGGAGACGCUGUGUGCCGAGGUGGCCAAGUUCAUCACGGCUCUGGAUUCGCGCUACGACGACUUCCAUGUGCUGGAAGACCGGAAUGGCGAGGUACACAAGAGCAGUAUGCCGGAUGCCACUCAGUUCACCGAGUACCUGUGCACACAGGCGGGUAACGGUGGUGAUUCAUGUCAGCCUGUAUCCGCCGACACUGUGAGUCAUGCGGUGACGGAUAGCUCUGACGGCGGUAGCGUGUUUGUCUUCAGCAAGUCCACACCACAGGAGGAAUCCAGCUAUGUGCAGAGUAUGCUCAUUGCUAACAAACGUGACGUCCAGGUGACUGUGUUCUUGGUCGGAGAGUGCGGUGGUGACUUGCAGCUGGAUCCUCCCGGCGUUCUCCAGCUGCUGGCGGCGCACACGUCGCGGCACAUGUACCUUCCCGCGUCCUCGCAGGCUGACCUCGCACCGCUGCUCGAGCAUCACCUCAACAUCAGCAGCCGCCAGCGAUUGGUCCCGCUCGUUGCCACGGUGCGGGGCGGCGGCACUUCGGGCAGCUCCUACUACAUAUCGUCGGCCGAGAGCGAACUCUUCAUUUCCGCGGUGUGCGAGAACGAGUUGAAGCCGCAGAUGCAGAUGGCGAUUCGACACGCACCGGAUCGCGCCCGACUCCAGGUUGCCGACACGAGCACGGUCUACCUGGCACGGCUGUCUAACCCGUCGCCACGGCAGUUCUCCGUGUACGUGCGCUCGCGCAGCACGUGUCGUCUGCUGGUGUCGGCGCUGACGUCGUCCGCAAAACCACGGUUACGCUACACGACUCAAGAGCAUUUGACGGCCGCGGGCGUUCCAACGCAGUCGACUAUUCAGCCGCAAUCAGGCGGCCGCUCGUUCAUUCUCGUACCCGUGACCAGCGAUGUGGACGUGCGUAGAAUCGACAUCAUCUUCCCGUCAGGGCGACAGGGCCGUGCCCUCUACUCUACCCGCUCGGCGUUCACCAACAGCAGUCUGCUGGUGCUGGGCCCGAUCGACUUCACGCGCCAUCGCUUCAGGCUGCUGGUGCGUGGUCAGGUGGGGGACACGGAGAUGGGUCAGCUGACCGAGUCCAUAUUCCCGGCGAGGCCCGAGCCUCAAACUGUGGACGUCACCGUCAGCAACUCCUGCGACCCGGUACAGGUUGUUUGCCCCGUGGCGAGAGAGGACCGCAUCACGGCGUGGCGUGGUGCGGGCCAUCACCCCCUAGCUCAGGACAGCCGCAUUCAGUUCAACCGCACGCAUCUGUUCAUCAGCCAGCUGUAUCCGCACGAGACGCUCUUCUCGUGCUCGGCCGUCUCCGAAACGGAGGAUGUCGAAGAGGCCGUGUUCAAUAUUGCCAAACAAGGUCUGUCUGAGGAUGGGUGUGAGCCGUGCACGCGUCUCGUUUGCCCGUACGCCGACGCCGCCUGGGAUUCUCCGUUCGCCUCCGCCAGCAGCCCCGACCUGUUGCUCUGCGCCGUCCCGCCGGAGAGGAGAAGCGGCCAUUACACGUGUCGUGACGCCGCCGCCGGGUCGAGUGACUCAAAACGGCAGACCUUCACCGUCUAUCCUGCUGGCUAUUUCACACGGGGAAGACUGAACCUGCGUCUUUUCCAAGAUGUCAUUGAUUAUCCACCUGCAAUCACCACCACCACCGGUGCGCCAGAGGAAACAACAGAUCCCGCCACCACCCAAUCGCUGGUAGUAACAACAGAAACACAAACUCUUGCUCCGGAUCAGGACACCACCACCAGCACACAAGCCCCACCUGUAGAGACUAGAGAGGCGGAGUUAGACACAACCGCACCUGUUGAUCAGCCCACGCAACCGGCACCCGGAACAACUGUCAUGGCUACCGAGUCACCAGCCACGACUGACGCCAAUCAGUGCCCGCCGGUGGACUAUCGCCGUAGCGACGCCGUAGUUAGCCGCUCCAGUCCGGUUCCAGGCGUUCAGGUCAUCGAGCUGCGGUGCGACGACGGGUUUUCCCUGCGGGGUGCUGGUCGCAUCGCGUGUGUUGAAGAGGCGGGGUACUGGAGCGAAACGCUUGGAGAGUGUAUUAGUGUGGACGUAGGUGUUCCCAUGACUACCAUGGCAGCUGUCACCAUGGCAAGAGAAGAGGAAACACAACCUCCACCGCCGGCAACACCGGGUAAUCCAUCGUGCCCGCCCUUGGCCGAUCCCAGUAAUGGACGUAUUCGGGUCACGGACGUCGUGAGGGAAGGACAAUCGUUGCCACAUGCACAGCUGGCGUGCAGACCUGGUUAUGUUGUAAUAGGCGCUGCGGACGCCGUGUGCCUCUCUGGUGCGAAUCAGUGGAGUAACGAUAUUGGAUCGUGUCAGGAAGAGUUUUCACCCACAACAGCCCCUGCCGUGACUGAACCACUCACCACACCUACACCAGUAAUCACCACCAUCCAAACUGAAGCCAGGACAACCGAACCAUCAAACGGUAUUGCGUGCCCAAUACUACCUGAUCCAGCCGGUGGCCAGAUACUAACGAGGACGAUCGACAACAACGGCCAGAUGAUGGGGUUUGUGGAAUUGCGCUGUGACGAAGGCUACACUGUCAUUGGUGUGUCCACCGCGGUGUGUUUGCCUGUAGUCAACCGGUGGAACAGAGCCAUCGGGACGUGUGAAGGAGUACCAGCAAUAACCACCAUACCAACAGAAGCAGUGACAACAGCGUCAUCAAACCUCGAUGCAUGCCCACUACUAUCUGAUCGACCUGGUGGCCAGAUUGUCACGAGGACGAUCAACAAUAACGGUCGGCUGAUGGGGUUUGCGGAGCUGCGCUGUGACGACGGCUACACUAUUGCCGGAGUGGCCACCGCGGUGUGUCUGCCUGGCGUCAACCAGUGGAACAGAGGCAUCGGGAUGUGUGAAGGAGAAUCUGCUGAUGAUGCCUGCCCAAUGCUACUGGAUCCAGCCGGCGGCCGGAUUUUACUGCGGACAAUCGACAACAACGGCCAAAUGAUGGGGUUUGCGGAGCUACGCUGUGACGAGGGCUACACUGUAAUUGGUGUGUCCACCGCGGUAUGUUUGCCUGUGGUCAACCAGUGGAACAGAGUCCUUGGGACUUGUGAAGGAGUUACAGAACUCACCACGCAAGCAGCAGCAACAACAGCAGCAGCACCGACCACCACACCCCCACAAGCAACCACCACUGCCCAACAGAGCAGCAGCAUCUGCACGCCGCUUGCCAGCGUCAGCAACGGCGUGAUCUCACUGCGUCCUCUACGCGAAGGAUUCGAGCUCGCACGCCUCAGCUGCGACGAUGGCUACCGUGCCACGGGUGCCCAGCAGAUUCUGUGCGCCGGUGGAACGUGGCGGGGACAGAUAGGAACGUGUCAGCCUGUAGUUCGUCUUGCUACCGACCCGGCAAUCACCACCGCACCUGCGACCGUUGUUCCACUGACAACAGUCCCACCCACAACAGUCCCUGCCACGACCGAGGCACGCACGCGGCCCUGUGCGCAGGGGCCGAGCGUCGACAACGGACUCGUGAGCCGACAGAUCACGCUAGACGGGACGAUCAUCGAGCACUUGGUGUGUUUCUCGCGCUACAGCCCCGUGGGAAACCGCCGUCGUCGCUGUCAUCCCAACGUCGGCUCGUGGAACGGCAACUUAGGCAGCUGUGUGCAACAAGGUGCGACAACAGUGUCGCCAACAACCCCGCCGGCCACUACAGCCUGCCCAGAGCCGUCCAUAUCCGUAGCCAAUGGUCAGAUUACCAUGGAGAUCCUACCUGAUGGCGUCACUCGGGCUAGGCUGGUCUGUGAUGCGGGCAGUGUGCAGCGUGGCAGUACUAGAGGGUUGGUCUGCAGUACACGGAACCCGGGAAGGUGGACGGGAGCGCUGGGAACCUGCCAACGUCUCCCUGAUCCCACUACAGCACCUCCAGCAACUCUGCCGCCCGUUGCCCCAGCUCCGCAGCCCUCUGGCUGUCGCAGCCGUAACACACUGCCGAAUGGCGCCGUCUCCUUCACUGCAGCUGGCUCUACCUUGUUGAUUGCCACGUACCGGUGCAGUGAAGGGUAUACAAUGCAAGGCCAAUCAACGGCUGUCUGCUUUAAUGAAAGAUGGAACAGGCCUCUUCCGCAAUGUGUGGGCCAGGCACCUACAGGCUGUCGUGAGCGCUCGACUCUGACCAACGGAAAGGUGUCCUUCCUUCAGGCACGCGCCACGUUACUCAUCGCUACCUACCGAUGUGACGCCGGCUACCGGCUGGAAGGUCAUGCAACUGCUGUGUGCAUUGGUGUGACAUGGAACCGGGCACUGCCACAGUGUGUAUCUGAAAGGCCGCAGCCACCAGCUGACAACUGCAACGUCGAUCCUGCCGUGCGUUCCGCACGACUACGUGUAACCAACAUCGAGGCUAGCCUCAGCACUGCUCGCUCUGAGAAGGCUGACCUUCAGUCUAAGCUUGCCGAGGCGAGACGACAGCUGGCCGAGUCGACCAACGUGGCUGCCGAAAUGCGUGCGUUACGCAGCAGGUAUUCAGUUCUUUCCGCCACGCAUUCCGAGGAUGUGAGCAAGCUGAGCGCCUGCCGCCAGAAAGAACUCAUUAUCAAGUCUGCCUUCUCCCAGGAAUGCUUUGCCAGAUAGACAUAUGUCAGGAAUGCUGUGUGUGUGUGUGUGUGUGUGUGUGUGUGUGUGUGUGUGUGUGCAUGUGUGAACUUGUGUGCAUUAUAGUGGUGUGUGUGUGUGUUUGUGUGUGUGUGUGUGUUUCUGGGCGCACACGCACAUAUGCAUGUGUCCGCGUGUCCGUGUCUGUGUGUGUAUACAUGCAUGCAUGUGUGUGCGCCUGUGUGUGUGUGUGUGUGUGUGUGUGUGUGUGUGUGUUUGUGUGUGUGUCUGUGUCUUCAUGCAAUCAUGUGUUAUUGAAAAUUGAAUCGUUGUGUACACUAAGAGAGCGUACCCUUCUUUUACCGUUGCUUUUGAUUGUUGCGAGGCGUUCGCCACUCCUAAUCCAGAACUGGAGAACUUUA